CCAAGCUUUUAUAUGACUUCUUCGUUUCAGAGGAAAAAAAAACCAAGAAACAACUGUUCAAACGAUGGUUUCUGCCAGCCAGAGAGCUAAGAUUCAGGCCAAGUUUACUCCUACUUCUCCUAAGUUUUUUAAAAUUAUUCUUGAAGAAACUCUUGGAAACAACAAGUUACAAAUUCCAAAGACGUUUUGGGUGAAAUAUUGUGGCUCCUUAUCCAGUCAAGUAUUUCUUAAGCUUCCAUGUGGAUCAAGAUGGGAGGUAGGGUUGACAAAAAGUAGUGAUGGAAAGGUAUGGAUAGAAAAGGGUUGGAAUAAUUUUGCUGAGCAGUGUUCUUUAAGCCGAGGAAACCUCUUAGUUUUUCAAUACAAAGGGAACUCUCAGUUCGAUGUUACUAUAUUUGACAACACUACUGUGGAGAGAGAUUAUCCUUUUAAUCCUAACCAUUUUGAGAAGUAUGUUGAUAUUGAUGAAGAUGAUGCUUCUACUGAAGAUUCAGACUUUUCAUGGUAUCCUAAAACCAGAGACAAGUCUCCAUUACCAUGUUCUUGGCCCCACAAGAAAUUGAAAACUAGUCCUUAUGGUAAAUCUGAAGUGAAGUUUGAUUGGUCAGAUAAUUUAUGUGAAGAAUCUUCCCUACCAAGGUGGAUGGAACCUCAAAAUUUUAUAAGGAAGCAGAAGUUGGGAGGAAAAGAAAAGGCUGAAGCUCUCAUGAGAGCUAAACAUUUCAAAUCUAAUGACCCAUUUUUCAUUGUUCCCAUGCAACCAUCGUUUGUUGGAGCUUUGUAUAAUAUGGUUAUACCAUUUCUCUUUGCAAAAUAUUACCUCCUCAAUAUCAGUAAGCAUCAAGAUGUGAUCCUUAAGGUCCAGGAUGGGAGGACCUGGCCUGUUAAGUACUAUUACAGACAUUAUAAAGGACAUUCAAAAAUCAGAUUCGAGUGCGGUUGGAGGGCAUUUGCUCAAGACAAUAAUUUGAAAGUAGGUGAUGUUUGUGUCUUUGUUAUGAGAAAGAGCAUUGGAAUAAUGUUAUUCGAAGUGGUUAUUUUUUAUAAAAAUGGAGAAGCAAGUUCCCCUAUGUUACCAGCUGCAAACAAGGGAAGAACAACUACACCGUGCGUGCCAAAGAGAAACCCUUGUGUGAAAGUUGAACCUUCUUUUACUAGUAAUUAUGAAAAAGCAAGCAUGAUUUCACAGGACCCAACUGCAAAGAAAGAAAUAGUUGAGCCUUCAGGACUUAGCAGAGCUUCUGAAGCAGCCAGCCAAUUUUUCUCAAAAAAUCCUUACUUCCAAGUGAAUGUGCGAUCAACUCAAGUGCAUGGACAUAGACUGUAUAUUCCAUUGACUUUUGCAAGGCUUUAUUUGGAGGGCAAUGCAAAAACUUUUACUCUUUGGGUUGGUGAGGAAUAUUGGCAUGUGAAGUUAAUGGUUAAUGGAUCAGAAUAUAGGUUUUCUGCUGGAUGGACUGCAUUUGCAAGAGAGAACUAUCUUCAGCCAAGUGAUGUCUGCAUCUUUGAGCUGAUUAAGAGGAAUCAACCUGAGAUGAAAGUCACUAUAUUUAGACAAAGUGGUUUGGCUCAAGAGUAGUAACUAUUGUAAUUAUGCAAAUCAUGAGAAUCAUUUUGGGAGCAAGGAAUAUGCCACUUAUAUAUGUAGAUUAGUAUAGCUAAUAGCUAGUGUUUGAAUGGUCAGCAUGCCCUUGUUGAAUGGUCUUUUUUUGGUUGCUUUAACUUGCUUUUGGAGUGUGUUUUAACUUUUACUAUUAGAUUUUUAUUUAUUUCUUUACUGUUGUAAUUGUUUUCUAUUUUGUUGACUCAGUCAACUUCUUGUUAUUAGUUAGUUUUGUUUCUUGUUUUAGGUUAGUUAAUUAGACUCUUUUUCUUGGUCGUUUGCCCUCUUUCAGAUGUAUAUGCCUAGUUCUUUGUCUUUUGUAUUUAAUCACUUUCUAA